AUGUUUAUUGAGUUAAAAUUGAAGUCUGAAAGUAAGCUUAGGUUUUUUGGUUUUUAUUUAUAUUAGUUGAUGUUAAUAUUAACUUUAUAAUUUGUCAUCUUUCUUUGCUAUUGUUUUAAUGAAGAAGUCUAAGUAAUAAGUUGAAAUAAUCAUAAAAGAGUACCCUAACGAAUCCAAUAGAGGAGUACCAUUUAAUAGAAUGUGAAGUGGAUGAUUAGUGCAAUCGAUGCACUUAUGCCUAGAUGAAUGAAAUAAAGCAAUGUCAAGUGAGCAGGCAGAUUCAAAAGAUGAUUUGCUAUUAUUAGUUGGGAGAAGACGAAUAAAUUAGAUAUCCCUAGAUAGAUCAUAAGGCUUGCAAUUUGCAUAAGAUUGGAAUAUUUUCAGGUGAGUUUCUAAUAGUUGCAAUUAUCUUUGCAGUAACCUUGUUUUCCUGGUAUGUUGUAAGUAAAGAAAAAGAUGAAACGGAGAAAUAGCUGCUUUAUAAAAUUUUAAGGAGCUGA